UCUCAUGACAUAAUUUGCAUUGACUUUUUCUGUUUAGCAGCUUUUAGAUAUAUAGACUAUACCCUUCAAAGAUUUCUACUUUAUUGAAUUUGGCAUAAGAUGAAAAAUUCAUUGUUUAAUACAUUUUCUUUGUAGUGACUUUUUGUACUUCUCUCCUUCCCAGGCCACUCCCUCACUUCACUAUAACCUAACCUAAACUUAACUAAAAAACUCUCAGUUUGUUUGUCCUUCUCCAAUGGCUACUCUCUGCAAAUCUUUCAUCUUUCUCUUUUUUUCAUUCUCAUUGGUUCUUCUAAGUUGUGCUAUAGAUGAAGCUGAUAUUCUUCUGACAUUUAAGGACUCCAUUAAUGACCCUUUAAACCUUCUUUCAAGCUGGUCUAAUACCACAACUAUUUACCACUGUAACUGGACUGGUAUCACUUGUACAUCUUCUCCUUCUUCCAUCUCUUCUAUUAAGCUCCUAAGUUUGAAUAUUUCAGGUGAAAUCUCACCUUCUAUCUGUCAACUUCCAAAUCUUGCUCAUCUCAACCUUGCAAAUAACCUCUUUAACCAGCCUAUACCUCUACAUCUCUCACAAUGUGAUUCUUUGGAGAGUCUGAAUCUCAGUAACAAUCUCAUUUGGGGCACUAUUCCUGACCAGAUUUCUCAGUUUGGUUCACUUAAAGUUCUUGAUUUUGGUAGAAAUCAUCUUGAAGGAAGGAUCCCAGAAGGCAUAGGAUCAUUGAAAGAACUUCAAGUUCUCAACUUGGGAAACAACUUGCUUUCAGGUGGUGUUCCUAUGGUUCUUGGCAAUUUCACUGAGCUUGUGGUUCUUGAUUUGUCCCAAAAUCCAUUCUUGGUAAGUGAGAUUCCUGGAGAUAUUGGUAAACUUAGUAAGCUUGAAAAGUUUCUGUUGCAAAGCUCUGGUUUUUAUGGUGAAAUACCACACUUCUUUGAGGGGUUAAAGAGUUUAGUCAUUUUGGAUUUAUCACAAAACAAUAUCACUGGUAGUUUACCUAAAGUUGGUUCUUCUCUACCGAACUUGGUGUCUUUUGAUGUUUCACAAAACAAGCUUUCUGGGGCAUUUCCAAAUGGUAUAUGUGGUGCAAAAGGUCUUGUUGAUCUUGGUUUACAUACUAAUUUGUUCAACGGUUCAAUACCUAAUGACUCCAUUAACCAGUGCAUGAAUCUUGAAAGGUUUCAAGUUCAGGACAACUUGUUCUCUGGGAAUUUCCCUUCAUGGUUAUGGUCAUUGCCCAAAAUCAAACUCAUCAGAGCUGAAAACAAUAGAUUUUCAGGAGAAAUUCCUGAUUCCAUAUCACAUGCUGCUCAGUUGGAGCAAGUUCAGAUUGAUAAUAAUAGCUUUACUAGUAAAAUUCCACAAAGUCUUGGGUUGAUUAGAAGCUUGUACAGAUUUUCUGCAUCUCUGAAUGGUUUGUAUGGUGAGCUUCCUUCAAACUUCUGUGAUUCACCUGUAAUGAGCAUCAUAAAUCUGUCACAUAAUUACCUUUCUGGCAUAGUUCCUGAAUUAAAGAAAUGCAAAAAGUUAGUCUCAUUAUCACUGGCUGAUAACAACUUCAUUGGUGAAAUACCAAAAUCCCUUGGUGCACUGCCUGUUUUAACAUAUCUUGAUCUUUCCCACAAUAAUCUCACUGGUCAAAUCCCAGAAGAGUUUCAAAACUUGAAGCUUGCUUUGUUUAAUGUCUCCUUCAAUCGACUAUCCGGUAGAGUUCCAGCUUCAUUGAUUUCUGGCCUUCCUGCUUCUUUUUUGCAAGGGAAUCCUGAACUCUGUGGUCCAGGAUUGUCCAAUUCUUGCUCAGAAGAAAAGGACAUGCAUAAGGGUGUUAAUCUUUCAAAAUUGGCAUCUGCCUUAAUUUCAGUAACUUUAGCUGUUGCAAUUUUGAUUAUUGCUGUUGGAUUUUACAUCAUAAGGCGGUCUAGGAAACGAAGAUCCGAAAUGGAUGGUUGGAGAUCAGUUUUCUUCUACCCUUUGAGAGUUAGUGAGAAUGAUCUGAUGAUGGCAAUGACUGAGAAGAAUGCUAGAGGAAAUGGGCGAACAUUUGGAAGAGUUUAUAUUGUGAACUUACCAAGUGGGGAGCUGAUAGCUGUGAAGAAGUUAAUGAAUUUCGGAACUCAGUCUUCAAAAUCUAUGAAAACUGAUAUAAAGACUUUAGCAAAGAUCAGGCAUAAGAACAUCACAAAAAUUCUUGGAUUUUGUUACUCUAAUGAUGCCAUAUUCUUGAUAUAUGAAUAUCUAGCAAGAGGAAGCCUUGGGGAUCUGAUUGAUAUUCAAUUACCAUGGAGUGUUAGGUUGCGCAUUGCCAUUGGAGUAGCUCAAGGAUUGGCAUAUCUUCAUAAAGAUUACCUUCCUCAUUUACUUCAUCGAAACCUGAAAUCAACUAAUAUUCUUCUUGAUGCUGAUUAUGAACCAAAGAUCACAGAUUUUGCUCUGGACCGCAUAGUUGGAGAAGCUGCCUUUAAGUUAUCUUUGGCUUCAGAUGCUGCAUCUUCCUGUUAUUUGCCACCAGAAUAUGGGUACACGAAAAGGGCUAGUGAGCAAAUGGACACAUACAGCUUUGGUGUAAUCCUACUAGAGCUUAUAACAGGCCGGCAAGCUGAGGAGGCAGAAUCAGCUGGUGAGGGAUCUCUUGAUGUUGUAAAGUGGGUAAGAAGGAAAAUCAACAUUACAAAUGGAGCACUUCAAGUUCUUGAUCCCAAAAUUUCAAGUGCUUCUCAACAUGAGAUGCUUGGAGCUCUCGAGAUUGCUCUGCAUUGCACCACUGUAAUGCCAGAGAAACGUCCCUCAAUGUUCGAAGUUGUCAGGAUACUGCAGUGUCUGGAUUCAAGAUCCAAGCUACCAUAUAUCAAUGAACAAUCCACUUCCACCGAUAGUUCGCUUCCCCUCUGAACUUGAUUUUGUGUAUUCUGCUUCAAUACUACAUGCCUAUUUUGAACUCCUGUAGGAUGUGCUUGGAAAUGCUCUUGUUUUCUCUAUACAUUUGUUGUAAUCAACAUAAUACGAGGUCCUUACCCUGUUUAUGUUAUCCUUUUCUGUAUAUUAUCUUAAGCAUAAUUCCCAAGCGCCA